UAAAUAAUUCAUCAGAAUCCACCACUACUCUCCACAUCUCAUAAUCAUAACUACUCUGCACUCCACUCCCUAGAAGUAACCUCAACUUGUAAUCAAAGUUGCAGUAACAUUAUUGUUAUCCUUAGAGAUAGUAACAAAUUAAAGAAUGGAAUCUAAGGGGUCGAUAUUGAUGUUGAUGAAGCUUGUGGUGCUUCAGUACUUGGCAGUUGUGUGUGUCUCACAGGAUUUUGAUUUCUUCUACUUUGUUCAGCAGUGGCCAGGAUCUUACUGUGACACAAAGAGCAGUUGCUGCUACCCAACAAGCGGGAAGCCCGCUGCAGAUUUCGGCAUUCAUGGCCUCUGGCCUAAUAACAAUGAUGGGUCUUACCCUUCUAACUGUGACUCUAACAAUGCUUUUCAACCAUCUCUGGUAUCAGAUCUGACAAGCAGCUUACAAAGAAACUGGGCGACACUGGCAUGUCCAAGUGGGAAUGGGAUACAAUUCUGGAGCCAUGAAUGGGAGAAGCAUGGAACUUGCUCAGAGUCAACGUUGAAGCAACAUGACUACUUCCAAACAGCUCUGAAUCUGAAACAGAGAGCCAAUAUCCUGAGAGCCCUUACAAAUGCAGGAAUAGCGCCAAAUGGGAAUGCUUACAGCUUGAGCAGCAUAAAGGGAGCCAUCAAGCAAGGAGUAGGGUACACUCCAUACAUAGAGUGCAACGUGGACUCCUCAGGGAACAGCCAGCUGUACCAAGUGUACCUGUGUGUCGAUGCAUCUGCUUCACGCUUCAUUGAGUGCCCUGUCUUCCCCAACGCCAAAUGUGCUUCCCAGAUUCACUUCCCUCCAUUCUAGAUCACUAGCAUUAUUGUUAUUCCCUUUUCAUAAUCAAUAAUGGCGUGUAUUCUAUGUUUUA